AUGUCAGAGAGGCCAGUAAAGGACAAAAAUGGUGGCUUGAUAACAGACGAAGAAGGACAAAAGAAGAGACUGGUCGAUCAUUUCCAAGAGCUUCUUUACAGACCUACUCCUGUCAACCCACCAAAGAUACCGCCAGCUGUUGAACUAGAGGAGCAAAAAAGAACUAAAGAAAACCUUAGGAAGAGAAUGCGUGAAGUAAAGAAACUGGAUAUAACAACUGACAAUCUGGUCAAGUCUCUAGAAAGUUCAUUGAAAGAAAAAGAGCAUGAGGUGAAACAGGAGCAGCAGAGAAACAGAGAGCUGGAUGCCAAAUUUAAGAAUCUACUCCAGGAGAAAGAAAGUAUUGAAGCUCAGAUCAAUGAAAACAAGGCAGUUGAAUCCUUGUUAUAUAAUUCCAAAAAUGUUUGCAUGAUAGAAGCUUCAAAAAUACUUGAUAAUCAUUACACAGAGAAGUCAGAGUUGAGUUCUAAGAUUAAAAGUCUUCAAGAAGAGAAAAAAAAACUGAAAGAUGAACUUGCUGCUCUUGAGGAGCUAAAUGCCCAACUAGUGGAAGAAAGCAAUCGUAUUAUUGAUCACACAAAUACCAACCAGAAAAUCCAGCUGUGUGACAAGAAAAAUCAAGAAAACAAUGAGCCAACAAAGGAUGUGGAGCAUGAAAAAAUCAUGCUAGUGAAACAGCUGACACAAUUUAGAUCAAAAUACAACUACAUAACCAGACAGAAAGACAAAGAAAUCCAGAGACUCAAAAGUGAACUGGAGCGCCAAUAUGAAAAAGAGUGAGUUUUCACAGCAUGACAGUUUUUUCUUAGAAGACUUUUCUCAGUGUCAACUUUGUAUUGUGGCUUUCUUCAAUUGUCAUUCAUAAAGAUCAGUGAAUUCUGUUAAUGCUAGAUUUGAAAUUUUGUAACUUAAUACUGUGAUUAAAUACUGAAUUGUA